GAACUAGAAGAAGAUAGGAAGUAAGUUAAAUAGAGAUUAAAGUUAAUCUACAUUAAUAGAAAUGGACAUAAGACUCAAUUCCACAAGUACAAGAUAAACUUCAAUCUUGGUUUAACUCACUAUUCUUUCCUGAUUCAAAGAAUUAUAAAAUAAUAAAAAGUAAAUUAAAUCGAGAUUAAAGUUGAUGAUAUUACGUUAGUAAAGUCAUGCUUGAAAAGAACAGACUUAUUGUUACUAUCGCUCGAGUAUAAGAUUCCACCCAGCCGACUUGAAAUGUGGAAGGAAUGCGCUAAGAAACGCCUUUAUGUACAGUAUUGUAUACUUAGGCCCAGUUUCACAACUCACGGUUAACCGAGGUUCAACUUAUUCAUUAUCUCUUUCCAAUUCUAAAAUUGGAAAGAAAUGAGAAACAAAUUGAACUUUGAUUAAGAGAUAACCGUGAGUUGUGAAAAUGAGCCUUAUACCUGUUUCUACCAAUGUGGACUAACUUUAAUCUCGCUUCAAACUUACUCUUCAUCUUUUUCUUAUUCUUAAAACUAGAAAAAGACGAAUUAGUUGAACCGAAAUUAAAGUUAAACCGUAUUAGUAGAAACGGGGAUCAGUCGUGCAAUGUGUGGGUGCUCGGCUGAGGAUUUUUAAAGAUCACGCGUGGAAAAUGAACGAACGAACGAACGAGCGAGCGAGUAAUGGGUGGGGUCCCGAGGACGAAUCGCUGCUUCGCUGACUUCGCUCCUCUCCUCGUAACUCGUAAGUUCGGUGCGAGCAACCGGUCUGGUACCGUCGUGUCCGUCGUGCCUUUUACGAGCGCUGGCGUGACGCUCGCCAAGUAAUGGCCGUUCUGCGUUCUGCGUUCAUUUCAGUGCGUGUUGCCUCGAGAGUCGAAUACUUCCUCUUGCGUAAGAUGGACGUUUCGAGGUCAUUCGGGCCUCUUUGCUGCUUAUGAGAGAGUUGUCGAAUCAGUGAAAUUGGAGCAGUAAGAGUCGUGAGAGAGAGAGAGAGAGAGAAGAGAGUGGGGGGGGGGACGUCGCGUAUCACGGACCGAGACGUUUACGCGACGGCGGCGCUGUCAAAGAUCAAAGAUCGUUCCCAAGGAGAGAGAAGCGAUUGAUACGACAUCGUUAUCGUGAUUGUGAACCGUUCGGACGAGCACUGACCUCGCCUCGUUGCGUGCAGCUGCAGCAGUGCAGCGUCGCCGUGGCUUCAAUGAUCGAGUAUCUGGCACUCGUGACUCAUUAUUCGCGACUCGGCGCCCUUGGCGGGUCCGGGCUGAGGAAGCAGUCACGCCGAUUUCGACAUCGGAGGUUAGUGCACAGCACAGCAGGCGACGCAGGGUGUAUUUAUAAUCGGAGCGAGUGAGCGCGGACGAGUUUUAUCGCGUCGGGACUCUCCGACGUUUUCUAAGAACGUCGAGCGAGUAAUCUUAAGUGUUUGUAUGCGUGCGUGUCGUGAAAGACACGUUUUAAGUACUUACUCGCGAAGCGGAUUUUCCGUUGAAAAGAACGUUUGACAUAAUGAGAUACGAAGAAUGAUAGUAUUGAACACGUGGCCGUUAAGUUUGUAUUGUACUCGGUGAAUGCGUUCGUUGAAUACAAUAUAUGGGAACUUAUGAAACUUUAAUAACGUCUUGCACUUUCUAUAUAUUCCUUUCGUUAAAUAUUCAAUGCGUUUAUGACUUCCGCAAUUAACAUUACAAAUUACACUGUUACUAGGACGAUAUUCUCGACGGUAUUCCGCUAGAACUGUCGAAGAUAUCUUAACACCAAGGAAAUUUGGUGAUAUUUACUAUGGAGAAAAAGGGGCUGCGCAAGAAAGAUGUGUUGAGGAUGGACGGUCUCCUGCCUCCAACUCGGCGUUUACCAGUUUGUCAUGCAGUAUCUAGUGCCUCGGAUAAGAAAAAGGACAAGAAAUGGUCUAUAGGUGGAAUUCUACGACGAAUAUCUUCGAUAAAGGAUUAUGACAGUUCCUCUAAUGAUGAAGAGAUCGUCUAUUGCAAAAAAACACCGAGAAAGCCUGCAAAAUUUAAUAAGAAAAUCGAUGGUGUUGUCCUUCACUCGAUAGAAAAUAAUUUGGAGCACGAUCAACGGAUAAGAGUCGAAAAUAACAUUUACCAUGUGAAAGAUUCUUAUCGAGAUUCGUUGCAUUCACGUAGUAGCGACGGUUCGUUAGAUGGUUUAGGGAAGAAGUUUCGAAAGAACAAAUUGAAAGCUCGGGCCGAAGCGAAAAGAGAUCAUCUGUGCGCGGGCAGUAGUUCCGAUGAGGAUUGUCACAGAUCUAAUAGUUCGUUAAACAGAUUUCACGCGGAUAGCACGCAGAAUGGCCAGAGAAAUAAUAUGUGCAAUAGAAGAACUCGCGCUGCUCGAACGGAACGGUACAUCAAGCGCUUAUCUCGAGACGAAGGCAAUGGCAGCGGUGAUACUUUGAAUGAGCUGUAUAAUAAAAGGUGUUCCUCAGACUAUAUCGAAGAUAAGGAACGCGCUAUUUACACUGAUACGAACGGACUGUGUCGCCCGCCCAUACAUCCACGUCGAUCGGUCGCGUAUUCAAACUGUCGUGUGUUUCCAGUUCAAAAAUCUUCCAUGGAAAAUUUGCGAGAUGCGGAACGCGUGAGCUUACAGCAUCCCGAAAUUUUCGGUGAUGUCAGGAGAUAUUCUACAGGGCAAUACAUCAUGGAUUUGAAUCAGAACAACACUUACGGGAAGAUCACGCGACAUCACAGCGGUGACGUGUAUACGGACAGUCAUCGAACCGGAAACUUCUUUACAUACCCCGCAAAAAACGCGUGUCAUUACUCGGAAUCAUUCGAUUGCACCGUCGAUCGCCGAUUAAUCAAUCCGGACAAUCAGCCACCCGAGCCACCCCCGAGGGAUCCUCGUUAUCGCUCAUUCGGCUACAGUUCCUAUCCGAUGAAUAGACACCAAAAUGUACCAAAUUACUUUAAACAAGAAGACAAUAAGACUAACGUUACAAGUGGAAUAUCAAGACCCGACUGGAGGAAUUUUCGAUCGUACGGAUCAAACAAUAAGAUCGCCUGGCGCGAUACAAUGGAAUUUAAAUCAGGAAAUUCGAUGUCGAGUCCUAAAACAGAGUUCCGUAAUUCGUUGGAACGCAUAAAUAAUAAAUAUAACUCGAGCUAUCACUACGCGAACGAGUCGGCUUACAAGGAAAUCGAAACGACGAGACGUAGAAACAUUCGCAACGAUCAGCUUAAUCGCAGUGACGCGAAUUACCAUGUAUACAAGGCCAGGAAUAAACCAGUGAACAUCUGCGAAACGAAUAAACAUCACGAGGCGAUUUCAUCGCAUCUAUCUAUGUCCGAUUGGUCAUCUGGAAGAUCUCCCUGCGACCAACGUAAUUUGCAUAUCAUUACCCCCUCGACCUAUGACAUGGAUAAUUGCGCUGAGAGGAGUAAAAAAGAAGACAGUAGAAGAAUAACACCGACUGACGAAACUUUGGAAAGACGGAGAAGUUCGAAAAACCUCGAAGAAGCUCUAUCCGAGUUGGAAGCGAUAUACAACAGCCUUCGCCUCGGCGACGAGGAUCUGUUGGAUCGCGCGGAACGUCGAAGUAUGGAGGAGUUUAAUCAGAAACAAAGUAAAAACGAGCUUGAUGUGAUUGCGAUCACUGCAGAUUCACCGGAUAGGACGAAGGACGACAUGGCUUAUCGGAGGAUGCAUCCCAAGGAAAGACCCACAUCGCUCUCGGACAUCGCGGGACAAUCGACUCUGUCCAGCAUCAGUUAUCUCGUCGCUUCACCUGUCCUCUCGCGAAGGGAUUCGGCGGACGAUCUUACGCGCUUGCCAGCGACUUAUUCGUCUCGUCGGGACGAGCCGGACGUGACUCGCGACGACGUGCUCUUCCGUAGUAUAAAUCACGCCAACAAUACUCUCCGAAUAAUCGAUCCACAGCCACCGUUCGGUAUACCGCUCGGGCCGGUUACCGCGGCGACCGAGAGCGAUUACUUGCACACGAUGCCGACGAAAUCGGAACAGCCACGCUCGUCAUACAUACCGCAAUGUGAGCCUGACGUGGUCACGGACGAUUUGGCUUACAGGGCCCUUAGAAAGGAUAUUGCGACGCGGAACAUCGCGGAGAGUAAGAUCGACGUCUCGAGGGAACAGCUGGAGACUGCUACUCGCAACAAGAAACGCGCCGUUAGAUCGCUAUCGGCUAAUCUUUAUGGACUGAUCAGUCAUGAUCGGAUUCACCUGCAACGCGAGCACAGUCUCGCUGUCAAAGAUAAGAUUCAAGACGUUACGAGGAACUUUGCUGCGACAUCCGAGCGACCGGAAUAUUUCAGACGCGUAGUGAGCGACGGCGAGCUGUCUGAUAACGAUACGCAUAGAUGGAAAGAACUAGCAGUUAAAAGUGAUAUUGAUAUCAAUGGCAACCAUCCGGCGGUGGGCGCGUAUUGGAAGAAGCUAUGUGCCUACGGAUCACCGGAAACGACAGCGGCGACGACCACGCGAGAAAGUCCCAAGAAGGAGAAGGAGUCGGGUGUCACAGAGCUGUCCGACGUCAUGCUGUCUUCAAAGGCCAUUCUGAAUGACGGAUUUUGGCACGAAUACCUACAUUCGGAUUCCAACGUUUCGGCAGCCAAUAGCGGUCGCAGCACGGAGACGGACUUUACCGCGUACAGUCGUCUCUGCCAAGAUUUAGUAAAUUUAAUAAAAAGCGACGAUGACAUGGCAUCACCGAAUGUAAUCGAAUCGCCGAAGGCGAACGAUUCUAUCGAAGUCGUUGCUGAUAAAUCCAACGACUUCGACGCCAAACUCGAGAUCAACGAACCUCCGGCGAGCGUACGUGUACGCUCUCUAGGUAGUCAUUACUCAGGAUCGCAGCUUGCCAAUGACGAGCGGAAUGUCGAGAGCGAGAAAACGACGAGCCCGACCAAUUCAAAUUCCACGAGGUCUUCGUCAGAUUCUCCGACGCCGGCAGCUAACAACCUUGAUUUCUAUCUUCGCGUGGCGGAUGAAAACGUCAAGCUGAUUGCCGAGGCUUUCAGCAACGUGGCCGACCACUUACGCGACAGUCGCCUGUCUACCCUAAAAAAUUCUUCGGUGUCUCAUGGCUCCGAGAUCGAGGACCAAAGUAGUAGCAUGCGGAGCAGCUCCACGCCGUACAGCCAGGAUGAAGCAACUAGCGAUGAUCGGCCCAUCGUCAGUCCCAGACUCGAGAAGAUUGUAGUUUCAAAGCGUAAUUCCUUGAUGAGCAGUGAAGGGGACCAAGGUAACGUCAGCCAUCUCGAGGACGCUUCUACCGACGACGUGGAGCUGGACUUGUCCAGGGCCGUUCGCGACUUGCAACUUGCCGCGGCCAGUCUCUACGAGCACGAGAAGGAGAUCGAGGACCUGAGUAUCAGAUACGGGAGAAUUCGCGACGCAACGCUGCCGUUUACCGCCGCCGUAACCAACGCGGACGAGAGCGAGGAUAAUGCGAUCCGCAGGAUUAGCUUGAUCGCCGACACCCUGAGGCAGGAGCGGGAACGCGAUCAGGAGGAGACCGUGGUAUUGCCUAGCGGAAUCGAGGCGCGUGGCAGAGACGCGCAAAGCGGGGGUAGCCGCGAAGGUCUCCAGGCGUUCGCUCGUUCGCAGUGACGAUCGCUCGAGCUCGACGUGGUCGGCGGUGAUAGGGUGACACGAGACAGGUUGAUUUUUUGUAAGAACUGAAAGAAUACUUAGAGAGAGAGAGAGAGAGAGAGAGAAAGAGAGAGCGAGAAAAAGAGCGAGGAAUGCAGUUGCCGCGGGCUGUUUGAGGCACAUCGACUUGUUGUUGUUGCACUUGUUAUGUUGUUGGUUUUAAUAAAGUUUAAAUGUUAAUCCUGCCCAUAAUGUUACUGUAAUUUUACUGCGCGCAAAUAUAUCCUCGCAAUCUGUGAUGCAA